AAUAAAUAUAAUGCAAUAAAUAUUUAUUUUGUGGUUCUCUGCUUUCAAUCGAACUGCUGUCAAAUUCGACAGUUCACAUUUCAAUUUUUUAGUUUUGUAACCGCCAUUUCUAUCACACCAGAUUUAGCGUCCUGUGACGGUGCUGCUAAUGAAAGUUGGUGCACUCUGCUUGGUGUGGCGAAAAUUGUUUUUUUCUACAUAAUAAACUUAACUUCAUUUACUGUAAAAGGCGUGUCGCAUAUUCGCAAGUGAAAGUAGUGGUAUUAUCGAAGUGUUUGUUCCAAUAAAACGAAGUUUCGUUCAGGGUUUUGGUUAGCAAUAUGUCCGGUCCAGAAUGUGUGAAGGUGGCUGUGCGCAUCCGGCCGAUGUCUAAGUCCGAGCAGGCUCGUGGGUGUCAGAGCGUGGUCGAGCAAGCAUCGCCGGAACAUCCGCAAAUACUCGUUUGCGGUGGACGGUCACCGUCCGACAUAUUUUCCUACAGCUAUGUAUUUCCACCUUCCGCUGCUCAAUCGCAGGUGUACGAUCAGUCGGUGGCCCCACUGGUCACCAAAGUGUUGGCCGGUUACAAUGCAACGAUCCUAGCGUACGGCCAGACCAGCUCGGGCAAAACGUACACAAUGGGUACGGACGUUUCCGGUGAGAUGAACACGAAUAUGGGCGUCAUACCACGAGCCAUCAUCGACAUCUUUCGGUUGCUUAGCGACGAUUCCGAUGGGACACCGCGUGCAAAUAUGAACACGCAUGUUACCUGCUCGUUCAUCGAGGUUUACCAGGAUAACGUGUACGAUCUGCUGGAGGAUAAAAGUGGUAACGAACGACAGCCGAUCGAGAUACGGGAAGCGGUCGGCGGAGAAGUUGUGUUAGCAGGACUAACCGAGGUGGAAGCAGUCACCCAAGAAAGCGCCUUCAGCUGUUUGAUGCGCGGUUCGACAGGUCGUGUUGUGCGCGCGACAGCCAUGAAUAACGUAUCUAGCCGUAGCCACGCCAUCUUCACACUCACCAUCCAACAAACAUCAACCGACGGGCCAAGCAAUGUGCUACGUUCCAAGAUCCAUCUGGUCGAUUUGGCCGGAUCGGAACGCUCGAAAAAGACUGCCACAACUGGCGACCGAUUUAAGGAAGGUGUGGAAAUUAAUAAAUGUUUGCUGGCACUUGGCAACGUUAUUACAGCACUGGGAACGAACAGUGGGGCGGGCAAGAUGCACAUUCCUUACCGCACCUCCAAACUUACUCGUUUGCUGCAGGAUUCGCUGGGUGGUAACUCGUACACACUGAUGAUUGCUUGCGUGUCGCCUGCAGACUACAAUCUAUCCGAGACGUACAGCACACUUCGAUACGCGUACCGUGUGUGCAAAAUCAAAAACAAACCGAUCAUCAACCAGGAUCCGCAGCAGGCACGUAUUAAGGAGCUGGAAGCAACGAUCCAAGAUUUGCGGCUCUAUAUACUAUCGCUCAAGAGCGGCCAGGACGCUGAUGGCGAUGGCGAAAGACAAGAUGAUGCUGAAUAUUCUAUUGAAAAGCCAGUACGUCCCACGCUCCAACGUGGCCUAUCGGAGGCGCAGAUUAAUUCGCCACGAAAAUGUAACACGGAACAGCAAGCAGGCUCGUACGCCACGGUCUGUAUGCUGCAGAACAGUAACCGUGUUCUUGAGAAACAGCUUCGCUCAACACUGCAUGAGAUUGGAGCGCACGAGAUGCGUGCCAUGAUUGCCGAGAAAUUGCUGGAAGAUAUUGAGCAGGUACUGGCUAACUAUGGAAAAAAUGAUACCGAGACGGAUAAUACGCCCAAACCCGUUGCUGAGGGAAACAUGCAUCGUGAGAUUUCUCUGCUCCUGAGCAAAUACAACGAAGAUCUCUUUGCUCAGAACGUAGCACACUCGAGAAAUUCGUCACCCCCCGCGAACAUUGCGGAAUCGGAAGAAAUUGACCGUAAGUCUAAGUAUCACACUCAGGAGCAAAUGCGUAUACACAGCGAGCUGAGUCAGUUGAAGCGUGAGCUUGCAGUGAAGGAGGAACUGCACCGCAAGUGUACGGACAACAAUUCCCUCGUGCAUACAAUCACCAGUAAGCGGGAACGCGAGCUAACCGAGCAGCUGCGCGAGUACGAGGGACAGAUCUCCGUCAUGGAGGAACAGCUAGCGGAGCUGAAUGUGCUGCUCGAGAACACCAAGGCGAGCGAGAAACGGACGAAACUAGCCGAGGAACGACGCCGCAAGGUGCAGCAGCUCGAGAGCGAACUAUCCGUACUGCGGCAAAAGAGUUUACGCCAGGCAAAGAUGCUGAAGCUGAACGAAAAGGACGCGGAGCGCAUUGCCGGCUUGAGUACUGAAAUACAGCAAAUGAAGGUUACGCGCGUUAAGCUGCAGAAGGCCCUGCGCACCGAGAGCGAAAACUUCCGCCAAUGGCGCGUUACCCGGGAGAAGGAAAUUAUUCAGCUGAAGGCGAAGGAUCGCAAGCGCGAGUUCCAGCUGAAGAAGCUCGAAACAUCGUACACGCUGCAGAAGCAUAUUAUGCAGCGCAAGAUGGAUGAAACGAUACUGGUGAACAAGCGUCUGAAGGCAACGCUCGAACGCCGGCAGCGCAAUCCCAACACGAAGGACCGGACGGUGUUGCGCGGUGCCGAAGCAGCCCAGUGGAUCAAGCACGAACUGGAGCUAAUAUGCAAUACGGUCGAGGCGUCGGUAACGCUGAAAAUGUUGCGCACCCAGCGGGCACAGCAGGCGAAAAAAUUGAACGAGAUGCGCAAACAGCAGUCGGAACUGAUCAACGCCGGUGAGGAGGACGGUGGCGAUGGGUUGAUGGACGAGCAUCAGCAGCAGCAGACCGAGUUGCAGGAAGAGAUCGGUCAGUGUGAAACCGAUCUGGACUAUCGCAAUGCACAGAUCGCCGAUCUGCAGCAGAAGAUCCACACCAUGGACACGGAAACGCAGCUAACGACGUUGGGCGAAGGGUUGGCCAGUCUGCCGGAAACACGGGAUGCCUUCCAGCGACUGCUGGAACAGUUGGUCCAUACGCAUACCAAACUGUUCGAGACGCGGUUCGAGCUGGUGGAAUUGCAGGCGACACGCGAAUGUCAGGAAGAAGCGCUGAACCAAACCCGCGAACAACUGCAGCAGGCUGAGCAGCAGUACAAGGAGAAGGUGGUGCAGCUCGAGCGUACGUACGAGGAGAAGCUCUCCUUCCUGCUGAUGCAACGUUCCGCUGGUGGUAGCGUACCGGCUGGCAGCAGCGACGAGAACGCUGCCCACACGGACACCGUGCACGAGGAAGCGAUCCACCGUAUCGAACAGCUGCGUGACGAGCUCGAAUCGUACAAACAACUUGUCGAGGUAUUGCAGAAUCGAGAGAAGACAAAUACUCUGCCACGCCGAAAAUGUAAGCUACCGUCCAAGCUGGAGGAUCAUGACCUGGACGUCGAAAUGGAUGACGAAGAGGAAUUGAAUAUAUCCGACGACAGCCAACUAAAGGAGCAACUGGAAAGGGAACUUGAUCCCGAUUUUCGUGGCACACCGCUGAACAAGCGAAAGAAGCAAUCGAUAGUUUUACGCGAAGGACUACUUCCAAACAAAACGCUCAAUACCACGAUCCACUGCAGCUGCACCGGUAACUGUGGGACGAAACGUUGCGGUUGUCAAAAGAACGGCAUGCUAUGCCAUCCCAACUGCAAGUGUCCGGACGGCUGCGUUAAUCGCCCGCUUCCCACCAUUAGCGAACGCGAAAAUACGUCGAUGAAUGUUACCGACGACGGUGCAAACACUUCGGGCGCUGCGGUGAAACAAGAGAACAAGGAAAACAUACCUUUCACCCCGAGCAAUCCGGCACCGAUGGAGAAAGAUGAAAGGGAAGAGCUGGACAUCUUGGAAUAUGUUGCGAAGUACCGUAAGCGUAAACCGUUGCUAAAUGUUUAAAUUAUUACUUAUUAUUAUGAAUUAUGACCAUGAAUGAGGGAAGAGCUGGACAUCUUGGAGAUGAAGGACAGAUGGAGAGACAUAGACGUAGAGAUAGAAAUAGAGAGAUAGAGAGAGAGAGAGAGAGAGAGAGAGAGAACGAGAGAGAGAGAGAGAGAGAGAGAGAAUGAGAGAUAUUGGCUGUUUUAACGUAAAGGGGAGAUCAAUUUUCAAAUAUAUUUGUCCCCUUUUAAUAUUAAUCAUUCGACGUACGUCGCUAAUGUGCGAAUUAUCAAUUCAAUACGUGACAACGUUUCAUACAACGCUCUUCAAUUUCAUUUUAAAUUGUUAUCAUACAUACUCGAUUACAAUAAAUUUUCUGCAUAACAAAACUAUUUAAACCGUUACAGAUAAAAGAACUAGUAUAAGAUCGGUUUUCAGGAAUCCACGGACCGUAAGUUGUGCCCUCCAAUCAAACUGACCGUGCGGCAGGAAACAACAUAAAGCCUUCAAUCAAAAUGGUAUGCGCGGUUCAAUAGGUAAAGAACAAUCAAAAUUACAAUACAAUGGUAUUAUGCCAUGCCGUAUUUUACCACCAAUCAACGGAACACCAUAAUGGGAAGCAACAAUCAAUACCACAAUUACAAUCAGCGAUUGCAAGGAACCAAUUAAACACGCUAUCAAGUACAUAUCCACAUUCCACGCCGUUUGCGUACGUCUCAACACUUUCAUCUCUAACUGCUGGUGAUGGGAAGGAUGUAAUUAUCGAAUAUAGAAGGAUACCUAACUACAUUCUUUGUGUUUCUUUUUAGGAAAAGAAUUUAACCAGUUUGAUUUUUUCCUUUCUUUGUUUGCUAGCUCUAGGGCGAAUACUGCCAAUCACCUGUCUGUCCGAACAAGGUAAUAUUCGUUUCAAAAAAUCGCCUAUCACGCCAUACUACUAUUUUGCAUAAUGUUGAGAUGGCUUACCAAAAACAAAAAAUCAUUAAUAUUCAAAAAAUCAACAAUUUUCAUACAUUAAUGAGGAUUGUCGGGAUAUUAUAUUUCACUCCCACUCAUGAAUUAUGCAACGAUUCACUAAACCUGAAUGAUGCAUAGAGCUUCAAAAAUGCUCAUCCAAGUAAUUUUUGUUUUUGGAAAUUUGUUGAAGAGAUCAUAAGAAUCAAAAACCAACUCUGCCCCAGCCACAGCUUAGAGUGCAGAUUCUCUAAGAGGAUAAGAGCCCAACUCCUCCUUUCGUACUUCUGGGUGGUUUAAGAGGUUCUUCUUUUUCUUUCUGGGCUUAACGACCUCUGAGGUCACGACGGCUAUUUCUGGCUUACUAGACCUGUUUUACCACACAGCCGGAUAAUCAGUCCUUGCUACAAGGGUACACAGCCCGGAUGGGAUUUGAACUCCGGUCUGGUCGUGUGGAACUGGCGCCGUUUAACACAUACACCACCGGGCUGUCCCCGGUGUUAAGAGGUUAGCGAUGAUUUAAAACUCCAUUAGCUUAAUAAACACACAGAACUCUA